AUGGAUCCCCAUGAUAUUGUAAUGUAUUUACUAAACGAAGAGGAGGAGGAGGAGGAGGAAACAGCCGCUGUUCUAGCCAUGUAUGCAAACGCAAAUCACUUGAUGCAGAAUCCAAGUCGUCAUGUCGGGUCAGUUCUCAAUCAUCGAACUAUUAAUCGUGAUAGAGCAUUUGGUCAUCAAUGUAUUUAUAGAGAUUAUUUUAGUGACAAUCCUACAUAUCCUGAUCAUAUCUUUCGUAGAAGAUUUCGUAUGAGGAAAAGUUUGUUCUUGCGAAUUCAAACAGCUAUUGAGUCUCACGAUUCAUAUUUUGUGCAAAAGUUUAAUGCCGCCGGAGUACCCGGACUAUCAUCUCUCCAAAAAAUAACUGCUGCGAUGAGAAUUAUUGCAUACGGUAUAUCUGCAGAUGGUGUGGACGAUUACAUUCGAAUUGCUAAAAGCACUGCCAUAGAAAGUGUUAGAAAAUUUGUUGUAGCAAUUGUUCAAAUAUUUGGUGAGCAAUAUUUAAGAAGCCCAAAUGAUGUCGAUAUUCAGCGAUUAAUGAAAGUGGCUGAGCAAAGAGGAUUUCCAGGGAUGUUAGGUAGCAUAGAUUGUAUGCAUUGGAGGUGGAAGAACUGCCCAACUGCUUGGCAUGGGGUUUUUUCAGGCCGUUAUCACGAGCCAACUAUCAUUCUUGAAGCCAUAGCUUCACACGAUCUCUGGAUAUGGCACGCUUAUUUUGGAUUACCGGGAUCACUGAACGAUAUAAAUGUGUUGGAUCGAUCCAAUUUAUUUUCUGAAUGGGCAGAAGGACGAGCACCUAAAGUUAAAUAUACAAUCAAUGGCCAUACGUAUGAUAUGGGAUAUUAUCUAGCCGAUGGCAUUUAUCCCCCCUACCCGACUUUUGUGAAGACAAUUUCUGCUCCUCAAGGAAAUAAGCGAAAGCAUUUUGCUCAAAUGCAAGAGUCGGCUAGAAAAGACGUAGAACGAGCUUUCGGAGUGCUUCAAGCUAGAUUUGCUAUAGUGCGUGGCCCGGCUCGUUUUUGGGACAUUGAAACACUAAAAUAUAUCAUGUUAGCAUGCAUUGUUAUGCAUAAUAUGAUUAUUGAAGAUGAAAGGGAUAUGCAAAAUAUAGAUUAUGAUUACGAGACAUAUGAUGAAACACCGUCUAUUCAAAUAUCCCGUGAACGCACAAGUACAAUCGAAGAAUUUAUGCAAUUUCAUCAUCGAAUUAGAGAUAAAAAUGCUCAUAUUCAGCUUCAAAAUGACCUUGUAGAGCAUCUAUGGCAAAAAUUUGGUGGUUAG